GCUCAUCACAUCCUCAUUCGAUCAUUCACGAGAUUGAGGCGGGGGUUGAUUUGGAAGAAACCCAGCUAAGGUAAUUCCUCGCAACCCCUAACUAAACCUUCAAAGGAUCAUCAUGGGCAGUCACAAUGCUUUGGCUGCCACUUUCGGAAUAUUAGGUAACAUCAUUUCUGUGAUGGUGUACUUGGCUCCGGUGCCAACGUUUUACCGGAUAUACAAAAAGAAAUGCACGGACGGUUUCCACUCGCUGCCAUACUUGUUGUCAUUAAUGAGUUCUAUGCUUUGGUUAUACUACGCCUUCCUCAAAAUUCAUGACGGCGUUGUUCCCCUUAUUACGAUCAACUCGAUCGGAUGUGUCAUAGAGCUCAUCUACAUUCUCACCUACAUUAAAUAUGCGCACAAGGAUGCAAGGAACUUAACCUAUACCCUAUUUGCGGCGAUGAAUAUUGGCUUCUUGGCCUUGGUCCUUUCCUCGCGUUUUGCUCUAAAUGGUUCCCACCGGGUCAAAGUCAUUGGAUGGAUUUGUGACGCCGUUUCACUCAGUGUCUUUGCAUCACCUCUAAGCAUUAUGGCAAAAGUGAUUAGAACAAAGAGUGUACAGUUUAUGCCCUUCUAUUUGUCAUUUUUCCUCACACUGAAUGCCAUAACGUGGUUUGUAUAUGGUUUGUCUAUGCAAGACAAAUGCAUUUAUAUUCCAAAUGUGGGAGGGUUUGCACUGGGGCUAGUUCAGAUGGUGCUAUAUGGCAUUUACAGGAAGGGCAGUGAGAGUGAGAAGGAGCAAGGUUUAGGUGAAGGAGUGAUAAACAUUGUUGUUGUGAACCCGUUGGGACCUGCUGAAGUCUUCCCAAUUGCAGUGGAUGAUAACAAAGUCAAAGAUCUUGUUGUUGUUGAUGAUGUCACUGUGAGUCAACAAGAGAAAGAGAAAAACGUGGAAGCCAAGGAUGAUUGCCCAGUGUGAUGUUUUUAGUUACGGCCGCCAGGAUCAUACUCUGCUUUUCCUCUAUGUUACGUUAUGUGUGUCGAUCAGUUACCAAUUAAUUGUUCUCUAUAACAUCAAACCUACCAUCAUCUUAAUGCAUUACGCCUAGCUACUACUUUACUUCA